AUGAGAUACGUUUGCGAGAUCGCCAAGACUAGUCGGGCGAUGUGCCGCAGGUGCGACGAGAAGAUCAUGAAAGGCGCGCUCAAGAUCGGAGUGGUAACGGAGGGGAGCUGGGGGCCGUCGACGCAAUGGCACCACUUGAUGUGCACCGUGUUCAAGGUCACCACGCCCGAAGAGGUGGAAGGCUACGGAGAUCUCGAUGACGCUGCCCAGACCCUUCUCGAGCAGAAGGUUGUCAAGAGCCAGGGCGAAGUGGAUGACAUGUACGAGCCCAUCACGCCGGACGACCUGGUGCGCAAGGAGUGGACAGAGAAGGCCAAUUGUCCGGAUGACAUCAUGGCGACCCUGCUGCCCUACCAGGCCGAAGGGCUAGCGUGGAUGCUCAACCAAGAGAAGCUAGACUACAAGGGGGGUAUCUUAGCCGACGAAAUGGGCAUGGGAAAAACGCUCCAGGCGAUCUGCACGAUUGUGGCCAACCGGGUGAACAAGAAGGACAAGGUCAUGCAAGAACGGUGGGCCAAGUCGGAGGAGGAGAUGGGGCCCGGUGGCGCGUCGAAGGAAUCCCGGGGGGGUACCCUGGUCGUUUGCCCCACUAUCGCCCUGAAGCAGUGGCAUAGCGAGCUUGCUCGCUUCGUGAAGCCGGGCGUCCUCAAGGUGGUGAUUCAUCACGGGGCUAAGAGAGCUACUCUCGCAGAGGAUUUGACGUCGGCGGACGUGGUCCUAACGACCUACGCAAUCGUGGAGAACGAGCACCGCAAGGCCUAUGCGGGCGACAAGGUCGCCUGUCCGGACUGCGGGAAAACGCUGUACCCGGACAAGAUGUUCGUCCACCGCAAGUACUUCUGCGGCGACAGCGCGCAGAGGACAGAGGCCCAGGCGAAGACGCAAAGAAAGGGGAAGGCGGCAAAGGGGGUAGCACCUUGGAGACGCAAAGACAAGGGGGGGAAGAAGGGCGGCGGCACUGACGCCGACAACGGCACCACGCGAAUCAACGUCAAAGUCAAGGGUAAGGGUAAGGGGGGCAGCGCGACCAAGAAGAGAGGCGCCGCCACCGGCAAGAAGGCAGCCGAGUCGUCGGAAGAGGAGGAGGAGGACGAAACCGCCACCACCAAGAUCAACGUCCGCGUCAAGGUCUCCCCAAGAGCGAAGCGCGCGGCAGCCGCUGCUGCUGCGAAGAAGAAGAAGACAAGGUCUAGGGGCUCGAGCAGGGACAGCUCUGACGAUGACGAUGACGAUGACGACUUCGAGGAACCGUCAGCCAACGGCAAGAAGCGGAAGUCGACGGCCGGAGGCGGUAAGGGGGGGGGGGGUAAGCGCGGAAGGCGGGACAAGGCCGAUGCUGAUGAAGAAGGCAAGACGACCGACAUCUCAACGGGGAAGCGCGGCGGGAAGGGCAAGGCGAGAGGGAAGGGCGCCGCGAAGCAGAAGAGGAAGCGCGGGGGUGAUGGGGAUGACGACAGCGAUUGGGGAGGGACGACCGACAUCUCCAAGGCGAAGGGCAAGGGGAAGAACACCAAGAAGAAGGGAGGGAAGACGAAGAAGAAGAGCGGGGGGUCCAAGGGAAAGCGAGCCGCGGGCGAGUCGGACAGCGAGUGGGGCGAGCCCAGCGAAGAUUCGGACUCUGACUACAGCAGCGGCGAUGACGACUCGGACGCCGGCAACGGCCGCGGCGGCGGUGCCCGGGCCAAAAAGGAGGCCGCGUUCGCCAAGGUCCUCAAGGACAUGAUGGACAAGCGGGACAGCGCCGAGCCGGGGGUACUGCAGGAGAUCUCUUGGCAGCGCAUCAUGCUGGACGAGGCCCACUUCAUCAAGGACCGGUCCACGUCUACAGCCAAGGCUGUCUUCGCGCUUACGUCGCUCUACAGGUGGUGCCUGACCGGCACCCCGUUGCAGAACAGGGUAAGCCACGCUGCUUGUUUUUGGGUUGGGGAUACAUAA